AUACACUGUUGCGUAAUCGAUUUCAGUGGUCCAUAAAACUGUCGAGAAUGUGACUCUUUCAUUUUGAAUGAGGCGUAUCAUUUAAGGCGACGUCUUCUACGCGCGCAUGCGGCUCGCAGUGAGUGCGACUGGCAAAAGGCACGUAUAGGCGAGGAAGCCAUCGUCCGAACUCUAAUGCCACGACGAAAUCGCUGCUCUCGUUCUCGAAUAGAGACCGCCGCGUGCACCGCGACCGCGGCGGCGAGAAGGAACGACGACGCCGAGUCGCGUGGGGGGGUGUGAUUUUUCGAAGAGUGCCGCUGGUGGGAUCGAGUGGAUGGGAUCGAGCCGCGCGCGAGGUACGAGCCACUCGGACAGUGGUGAGCCUCCUCACUACGGUCCCCGCGAUGGCAUGUAUAGGAUCGAGUAGGCUUUGUGCUCGUGUCGAGAGACUGUGCCAGUUCGGACAUUUCGCCCAAUUGCGGAGGAGAGUUUCGACCACGGCAUGUGUGAAAUCGCGGCCGGUGAUCACCCGGAUGACGGGCGACACGUCGCUGCUGCAGCAUUGCCAGAACAAAGCGAACACGCGGGACAGCAGGAUAGGUCUCGCGAGGGCAACGAGCACUAUGCAAACGCAAAUGCCUGGAUCUUUGCCCGAUUACCAAAUCGAUCCUUAUAGACUUGUAGAGGAUGACAUUAAGGAUAUAUUCGACGAUAUACAUCUGGAACUUAUCACCAACACCACCCCAGAAGAAUUACGAGCUAUAAGCAGAUACUAUUUCGAUGGCCAGGGGAAAGCAAUUCGACCGAUGUUCACCAUACUCAUGGCACGAGCUGUUAAUUAUCACAACGGAAGGAACAUUCUUUUGCAUUCACAACGACAAAUCGCAAUGAUCUCUGAGAUGAUUCACAGUGCUUCUUUAUUGCACGACGAUGUGAUCGACCAGUCAGACAUCCGUCGUGGCAAGCCGUCCGUUAAUGCUGUAUGGAGUCAAAAGAAAGUUGCUAUGGCAGGAAAUUACAUCUUGGUAGUUGCCUGCAUGAUACUCUCGAGAAUCCAAAAUAAUGAUGUGACUAUUACCAUUAGUCAGAUUGUCUCUGACUUGGUGCAAGGCGAAUUUAUGCAACUCGGUUCCAAAGAAACGGAAAACGAGAGGUUCGCGCACUAUCUCACGAAGACUUAUCGAAAAACAGCGAGCUUAAUUGCCAAUUGCGUGAAAGCGGUCGCUAUUCUUUCUGAUGCCGAUGAACACACGAUAGAGAUGGCUUUCCAAUACGGCAGGAAUGUUGGCUUAGCUUUCCAAUUGGUAGACGAUCUUUUAGAUUUUGUGGCUUCUUCUUCAGCUAUGGGCAAACCUACGGCCGCUGAUCUUAAACUCGGAUUAGCUACAGCCCCGGUGCUUUUUGCUUGCGAACGGUAUCCAGAAUUGAAUGCAAUGAUUAUGCGCCGUUUCCAAGAGCCCGGAGAUGUUGAAAAAGCUUUUGAAUUGGUACACAAAUCUAACGGCCUCGAACAGACAAGAUUCUUGGCGAAGAAACACUGUGCGGAAGCCAGCAAGGUCGCACAGUCCUUCACUAAGAGUCCGUAUCAGAAAGCUUUAAUUAUUAUGGCGGAUCUGGUCAUCAACCGCAUGAAAUAGCAUCGAAGAACGAAGAUUUAGAGGGCGAAAGAUCGAUUUUAUGAAUAUUUAUAAGUUAUACUGGACGGGUAUGGCUAGUAUAAUUCUUUCAAAUUCUUUAAAUCGAAUGCAGGGGUCGUAUCGAAGAAAGUUUUCGUGUUCAAUAUUAUACCACUAGUCGAAAUUAUAUAAAUUGUUAUAAAUAAUUUAAUAUAUAUGACGGUUUUCAUAAAACAUAAUUCAAUUAAAAAAAUUAAUUUUCUCACUAUAAUUCAUGGUGGUGUAAUAUUGAUAGCAUAUAUAUAUAUAUAUAUAUAUAAUAUGUAGCGUAUUAUUGCCGACUUUGAAUUUAUACCUCAUCCGAAGGAAAAAUAAAGAAGGCAUGUUAAGCCCUUAUUCGUUAAAGUGCUUCUGCUUUUUCCAGAAGAUUUUUAUCAAUAUAUAGGUUUUAAUUGUCUGGAAAAUGCAGAAAUUGCAUUUUAUAACAAAAGUGCCUAGGCAUUACGUUUACUUGGCCUGUGUGUAUGUGUAUGUGUAUAUGUGUGUGUAUAUGUGAGGAAAAAACACGCAUUACCUGAUUCUAUAAAUUGUUAACCGAUCAUGUAAAUAAAAUAAUCUAUUAUCUAAGUAUUAGAGUAACAAUGUUUUAGCAUUGAGAAAUCUUUCUAUUAUGUCUCUUUUAUGCAUGCAUUUUUCAUUAUGCGUUACAAUUAUAUUGCUGUCGAUUUCUAAAAUAAAAAUAAUGUACAAAGUUAAAUUCUAUCUUAAAAGUCCAAUGACAACUAUUGUAUCGCGAUACGCCAGACAAAUUGCUUGCAUCAAAGGAGUCUUAAUGAGAAUUUAUUGUAAUACGGCUAAAACAAAUUAAAAAUUAAAAAAAUAUAUACAUGUAUAUGUAAUAACGACAAACGUAUAGAAAUAACAUUAAUAAGACAUCUUCGGUUUCAACGGCCGAAGUCUUUAAAAUGUUUACAUAUUUUUGAUAAAGUGUUAAGUAACUUUUAUUGUAGCAAAAUUGUAAAAAUAAACUGUAAGGUAUGCCAAUACUAAUUUUUAUCGACAGUCCAAUUUAAAGUUUUGCUAAAAGCGCCGUGAAGUAUAUCUGCCAAAGAAGACAAGUUAGUCUUUUUUCCCUGCCAAGAAGUUUAGCAAAAGUUAACUUUGGUCUUGUCGAUACAAUCAAUAAGAAUUAUCUGCCUCCUUAAGUUUUAGAAUGCAUGUUGAAAUUCAUGGUACGAAAAAAAAUAAAAGUUUCUUUUUUAUUUGGAAAUUUUGGUUCAGUAAGAAUAGAAUAAUUCUUGUCACACUUUGCUUAAUAGAUAAACUGCUCAAAAUAUCAAUAAUACUGGAUAUGUAAUGUAAGUAUAAAUGUCUAAUGUACAAUAAUUUAUAUUUAUGAUGAGAAUGUAUAUAAUUGUUUAAAAUACACAAUACAAUAGAAAAUUAACUAGGAAGCAGGCAUGUAAUUAUGAUCAAAUGUAGACAUAUGAUAGGAUAAGUAUAUGAUGCAAAGAAGAAGACACAUGGGACUGCCGAUCUCCUUGAUAUAUUUUGCAAUAAUUGUCUUGCAAUAUUUGUAAGAAAUCCAUAAAAGCUUAAUUUAAAAUAUGUUUAUAUUUAAAGAUGCACACUAAAAUCUCACAAACGCAAAAUAUAAGCUAUGUGAGAAAGCAUAUGUGGACGGAUUAAAGAAAAUUACAUGAUAUAUAUUCUAUAUAAAUAUAACUUUAAUUUGGUUUACUAACUGUUAAAUAUAUACGUGUCUGCUCAUUUUUUUACAUGUUGUUAAAAAUUGAAGAAUGUUAUUUUUGAUAAAUUUGUGACAGUUAAUUUAAAAUUCAGCUUUGUAUCUUAUGUAGAAUAUAACUGCAAUAAUGCAAAAAUUCCAAAGAAAUCAGAUUCGCUAGAUUUAAGUGAUUUUGAAAGGCGUAUCUAUGACAUCUUUUUAAACGUUCGUAUUAUUUUAAAUAUUAUUAUUUCUGUUCUCCUCUUUUAUUCUUUUGAAUCUAUCUGUUCAUUAUAUUUGUGAAUCAGUAAGGUUUUUUUAUAAACUUCGACAAUUUUUGUAGAGAAAAAUGAUUUAAUAAUGCAUAAAUAACUUGAUUUGGAUCCA